CAUCGAUGAGAGCGACUAAUCCCGGACGAUGAUGGCCGCCGGCAUCAAGAGAAAGCCGGGCGACGGCGAAGGCGGUAGUGCUGCAGCAGGUAGUAAGGAGGGUCCGGAGAAGAACAAGAAAGUGCGGCUCUUGGAAAAGAAGCGAAAGUCGCGAGUGAUCAAAGUGGGCAACAACGAUGAGAAGAAGCGGCGAGGACCAGACCUGCCCGGACAGCUCGGCGUCGACUCAACUCUCGAGGCACAUGCCCAGGAGAUCGCUUCGCUCAGAGCUGCAAUGGCCCGAGCAGCAUCCAAGGAGGGGUCUAACGUGCGGGCAUGGCAGAUGCUACCAAGACAUGCACGGCGCCGCAAUGCCUCGCACAACUUGCUCGCGCUUCCCAAGCGACUCCGCAGCAAAGGCCGCGCUGAGCUCCGAGCCAGCAAGACGGAGCCAAGAUCGAGGGCAGAGUCUCGACACCGGAGGUCAGCAAAGGGGCGAAGCAGCCUGGGCGCGUAUCCUCGCCGAGUCGAGACGCGUCGCCAUACCGAGCUGGUGCUACGGGCCUUGAGGAGCGCCAGAAAGGGUAAGACAGGUGCAUACGGCCGUGCUGGCGUGGCAAGACGAGCAAAUGCGUGGCUCGAAACACAUCUUUGGCACGCUAAGCGCUUUCGCAUGAGUUCGCUGCGCCCUAAAGUCUUUGGUCCGAGGGGUACUUUGCCGUCGCCCACUCUUUCCCGGUGGGGUUUCAGCCUGGCCGAGGAGCCGAGCCUCAAGUCGCAUCGUGCCAGCUGGCGGGCGCAGAAGGCGCGUGCUACUGUCAUGGAUCGCAGCUACGAAUCAUGGAUCCGGAUCGACUCGUUAGCGGAGGAAGGCGAGAUGCCCGCUGAGGAGGCGUUGGGAAGAGCUCUGGCAGCUGCGGGCAUCCUCGAUGGCUGGCAGCCAAGCAUCUGGGGCCCAGGCACGAAGUAUUGCGAGACAACGAUGAUGAGCUUCAGCAACGAGGAGCGAGGCAAGCAGACGUCGAUGUCUUCUCUGCCGGCCGCUCAAGCGCCCGUCCAGGUGAUGUGGAUCCCGGAGCAAGACCGAAAACCGCGGCGAGCCCUCCUCAAGACGCACCCUGCCAACAUCGACAUGCUCUUCGGCAGAGUCAAGCGCGCUUGUCAAACGACAAAGUCCGAGGUAAAGGUGGAAGGGAAGAUGGUGGGGCACCUUCAGGUCACUCGCCUCAAUGCGAUUCCCAGUCCAGUCAUCUCGGCCGGCUCUGGCGCAAAAGGUCGCCGACAUGGCAGCCAGGCGAUUGCUCCGGGAAGCAAGAGGACGGCGGCUGCCUUUCUGGCUGCGAUACAGCGUGCGGCAGCGAAGCUUGAGGGCUUCAAUACCUUUGAGAUUGCCGGUCCUCAAGCCGGGCCUCUGUUGGCCUCUGUUUUGAGAUUGCCGAAGUCAACGGACAAAGUUAAGAAGGAGGCCUACGAUGUGCUCGCAUCGCGACACCCCAAGAUCGAGUCAGGCACCGUCAUGGCUUUCGAUGUUCACGAUCCCCGGCUCAGCUACCCUCCUAAGAAGAGGGCCGUAGGCGAUGUGCGGCGAGAGGGUGCCGGGAAAGUGAAGAAGAGCACCGUGGUUGGUGACCCAACCCUGGCGAGAGGAAGGCUCUUCACCCACGGGGCAAUGCUGCCGACCUACACAAAGGGCGAAAUUGACAGCCGCCGAGCACACCUCGUUGUGCCUGGCUCCAGACUGCUCCCAAGCUCAAGCGACGAUGUCGUACCCGUGGUCGUGCUCUGCGGCGCACAGAGCCGCUUCACUCUGAUCGUCCCUCGAGGCUGGGGCCGCCCGUUCUGGCUUUCGUUGGCCCACGGCGAUCCUGGCACGGUUCGUGUGAUUGGGCAGGUCCAGGCUCGCUCGAUUCAGCUUGACUCUGGCUCGCCUUGCUAUCCGCAUGACUGGACGGGUACAGCAGCAGGCCGGUUCAUCCAGGAUGAGGAGGCUAGUAGAGCGCAGGCCGAAUGGAGCCGGAGACCGCCGGCGAAGCGCGUCAACUACGACCGGGCAGGGAUCCGAUUCCCGUGGGGAGGAAGGGAACUAUGGGAGACAUGCGUGGCCAAUGGGAGCCGCUUCGAGCGGUCCCGAGGCGAAGAAGAUAAAAGGAAGAGGAGAGCACCGUGGAUGCUUGCCACUUCGUCUUCGGCACAGCUUGGUUCUCGAACGGGAACAGGAGAGCAGGUUGAUCAGCUUCAAGGAAGCCCAGUCGUCGACAUGGGCAAGCUCGUCGAACGCUACGUGUCUGGCGGUGAAGAUGCAGUCAGGCUUGACUUUGGCCAUGACAUUUCACGAGUGCUCGUGUGCGUUCGCGUCACCGCGUGCCGAAAGGGUGCCUUUGGGCCCUUUGCCGAGAUUCACCAUCUCCGAGAGAGGGACGCUGUUCACUGGCGAGAGACGCUGGAGGCCGUCGAGAAGCAAAAGGAGCAACGCGAUGAGGUGGAGCUUCAUCGCCUGGAGUCGAAACGUGCGGCAAAGGAUACGCUGGUGGGCGCCGUAACGACGGGCGAUUACUCGCUGUCGAGAGGCAGAGGGCAGGCGAUUGCCAGUAUCAGCCUCAUCGCGUGGCUCGACCUUGUAAAGAGGGAUGUAGCAAGGGGCCAAGCAGUUACGGAGAAGGAGGCGGGAAUGGAGAAGCAGAGAAACCCGAUUCCUCUCGACAAGCUUGUCAUCGUCCGCAACAUCGAUGGCGGCGUGUGUCGAGCAGCGAGCCUGGACCUGAUCCAUUUCGCGUGAGAUUCUUUAUUAUCAUCAUCAUUGUACAACUACAAAU